AUGCUCGAAGAUAUGCUGAAGUGGGGGCUAGGUGUCCUCGAGGGUGUUAGUGCAGGCAUGUAUUCUCGCCUUCGCGGCUUCGUCCGCGACAACACCGAGUUUAUCAUCAAACCCGCUCCCUCUCCCGUUCCCGAUGCCCCCAAGCCGCUUCCCUCCGCGACGUCUGCAUUUAUCCCGCGAUGCCCAGCCCCGGAUGCGAUCGUGGUCUGCUCGGACGACGUCAGGUUCGACGUCCACAAACUGAUGAUCGCCCUCCACAUGCCUCGUCUUGCCGCGCAGCCUGCCCCGAACGACCAGCCUCGCGUUGAACCUCCGCUUCUUCCUCUUUACCGCAUCGACGCCCCUUCUGCUUCAUUUUUCGAUGUCCUUGGAAUCGCAUAUCAAGAGGCGGACAUUGACUCCUGGGAUCUCGACCGGCUUCUACCAGUCAUGGCAACAAUACGUAAAUACGGCAUGGAACGGAUCUCUCGUACCAUGUUUCCCAUGUGGAAGAAGGCAGCGGCAACGUCGCCUUUGCACGCCUACUUUGCCGCCCUCCAGCACGGUUUAAGUGACACCGACAUCCGAGCAGCUGCGCGGGCGACCCUGACCUUGUCAAACAUUGACGAUGCAUACGACAAGAGUAUGGAGGAUGUCACCGCGAGUGCUUACCAUCAUCUUCUGCGCUACCACUCCGACGUCGCUCAGUCCGUGCAGAGAUCGUUGCUACCUAUCGAAACCAACUGGAAAGACGGGGUUCACUCCUUCUUCCCAAAAAGCAUCUACGCCACCGACGCCCACAGCUUUUGCAACGCUGUCCUGGGCUGGUUACCUCCCAAGCUGAAAUCCUCUGUUUCUCCAGUAGGCCCUGCGCAGAUCAAGUCAUCCUUCACAGUCUCCGCGAUGCUGCAGGACGCCUCGUUUCCUCAAUGGAUAACCUACAUCUCCGCACCGCCUACUCGAGCACAGUUCAUCUCUACGUUGCAAAUGGUGGAAGAUACGCUACCUGGUAAGGUGGACGAAGGGACAGAAAAGGUUGCACUUGUCAUUUGA